AUGGAAAAGAAAAUGCGAAGGCAUGGGAGUACCGAUGUCCCUGAAGAUGCGCCUGCGUUAAAAGCAGAGGUUCAGAAAAUAGCUCCAGGAGCUACUUUAAGGGCUAAUUGUACAACUCCCGGUUCAUAUCCAGCGAUGAACAUAACCUGGUUUCUCAACGACAAAAAGAUGCACUCUAGUCGUUUUCGCAACGAUGUUGAAUUCGAAGAUAUCUACGACGCAUCCGACAAUGGCGUCGACGUCCAAAUCGAGAAGUCAAUCUUCCGUUUCGACGCUUUGCCGGGCCUAGAAACCACUCAGUCAACAUUUUCCGUGAAAACACGUCCCGAUCUAUUCGACAAAGGCAAACUAAGGCUGCGCUGUUUGGCGACCUUGUUUACCCUUUACGAGGCUUCCAGAGAGGCGGAAAUACAGGAGGAUGCUCCUAAACUGGCGCUUGUCAUGGUACACAAAGAUCAAAGAAGUAAAGGACACUACAACUUCCACCGAGAUGUGACCACGACAAUCUCUUUUAUAUUGCCCAUAAUUUCAAUAACCCUAUUGGUAAAUUAAGGACAUCAAAGAGAUCAAAAGUAAAUUAAAUCAAAGUGAAAUUUUAACAUUAUAAACUUAAGAUAUUGAUGGACGGAAUGUGUUAAAUGAUUGUGAUUUUUAAUAAAUGUGAUUUCUGUUUUAAAAUCAAAAUUGGCAAAAUGCGC